AUGAAUGAAAAAAGUCACAAGCAAGCACCUCAGGUGCAAUCAGAAACGUUGUCACUGAUAAAGAAGCAAUUUUUUAAAACGAAAAUGUGCCCCUUCCAAAAAAAUAAAAACUACUGUCUAAAUGAGUCUAACUGUCAUUAUGCUCACAGUAUUGACGAGUUAAAGCCAAUGCCUGACUUGAGAAAUACGAAGCUCUGUGAUUAUGUGAAGAAAAAAAUACCCUGUCGAGAUGAUAACUGUAAAUUCGCUCACGACAUUGAUACGCUGAAGCCAAGCGUACACUUGGCGACGUACAAAUCAACUAUCUGUAGCUUUUGGGGAAAGGGAAAAUGUUUUAAUGGAAAUAAAUGUAGAUUUGCACACGGAACGGAAGAUAUAAAAACGAAUGAACAGAUAGACAUAUUGCAGGGUUUAAAAUGUAGCAAGAAAAAUAAAAAUAAAAUAAAGAACAGUGUCACUGAUCUGAAACAAGGAACUGCUUCUACCUACUCAUUCGACACGUGUGAUUAUUCUGUUAAUGGGUCUUCAGAAAAUACAAACGUGUCUUCAGAAAAUACAAACGUGUCUUCAGAAAAUACAAACGUGUCUUCGGGAAAUACAAACGUGUCUUCAGAAAAUACAAACGUGUCUUCUUCAUACGACAAAGACAGGGAUUCCUUUAUCUGCAGAAGGAACGUAAUAAAAAAUGAAAAUACGAAAAUAAAAAGCAAAAAGAGAACACCCCAUUUGGACAGUGAAGUAACCACAAGAGAGGCGAGAGAGGCGAGAGACAUAAGGGAGGCGAGAGACCUAAGAGACACAAAUGACUCCUUCGAUAAGGACACGGCGGAUGGAGAUUUCCACCUUCCAGACAGCAGCAACGGAAAUUCUAUUAAAGAGGUCCUGAGCAAAAUUGAGAAUCUAGCCCUGUCUACCUUUAUAGAAAAUAAUGACAAAUACACCAAGGUUAUAAAGUACCUUUUGAACGAAAAUAACCUCCUGAAGGAGUCCAUUAAGAAGGACCAGAGUGGCACCCUGGUGGAGAGGGACUUCCCGGGCGCUUCGAAGCGAGGCGACGCGAAGCAGCGCGGCGCCAAGGAGGGCGUUCUGGAUGCAGGCAACGAAACCCAUUUUGGCUACCCCUCCACCGUCGCAGUAGCAGCGGCAGCCAUCAACCGCAACCUCAACGGUGACGACGACUUGACCAAGUGUGUGCUUCCAGAAGACGACACAGACAAUUACGUAUUCACAAAUGAGAAGAGAAACACGAAGCAUGUCAUGUCCAAUUUUGAUGACGGGAUCAAGGCAGACGAAAAUCUUAACAGCAUAAUCAAAACCAUAGAUGACAUUCUAAUUUCUCAAAAUGUAGGAUCAUUUUCCAGCGUGAAAGAUAUGAACAGUGCCCACGAAAUCAGAGAUGCCUUUUCUGUUAAUAAUAGUGGAGAAAUAACUAACAGAGAGUAUGCAAACUUGAUGAGUAAUGCGAAAUCGUUCGAAACGGAGAGAAGUGUAUACAAUCACAAUGUUAACUUAAGUAACGUGGCGCAUAAUGGGAAACAUAUGGCAAUCGGAGAGGUCCAGGAAGAGGUGUCAAACCAACCGUUUGAGGAAGGCAUAAUAAAUUAUCUCUCGCAAGGAAGGAAGAAAAGGAACUGCUAUGAGGAGAAGUUUGGAGGUGCACAGCUGCCAGCCAUUUCGUAUGGCGUCUCCAUCGGAGGAAGCAUCCACAGUAAUGGCAUGCACAACGUGAACAAGAACGCUAGCAACACGGGCUGCACGAACCAGAUGCUCGAUUUAGACGAACUCGCUGCCUCCAAAAUUUUCAACCCGUUUGCUUUUCACCAUAAUGAAUACAAAAGCCAGGAGGUGGGGACAAACCAGCAGCAGAGGAUGCCACAAAUGCAGCGCAUCAGCCAAGACGGGGUUGACAAAAAUGAGGAGAUAGACACGUGGAAGGAUGGCAUUGUUAUGUUCAGGAAUGACCACAUGGCUAGCUCUGUUGGGAACAACGAGAGGGACGGAGACUUCAGCGGCGUCAACUAUAUGAGGGGCGUUGGAGGUGAUGACGCGGCGAAUGGUUAUUCCUCCAGCGGGUAUGCCACCAACGGGUAUGCCGCCAACGGGUAUGCCGCCAACGGGUAUGCCGCUAACGGGUAUGCCGCCAACGGGUUUUCCGCCAACGGGUUUUCCGCCAACGGGUUUUCCGCCAACCCAUUUGCAACCAACGGAUUCGCGUCGAGCGACGGGGCGAGAGCAUUCCCAACGAUCGACCACUUCGGCCGCAGAGGCUAUGGAAAGAGCGAGAUGUUUCUCCCCUCAAGUCAUGGCAAAAAUUGGAACAGCGCAAAGGAGACCAUUCCGAAUGCGGCCAUGUCAAAAGUGACCACGUCAAACGUGACCACGUCAAACGUGACCACUCCAAAAGUAACCACUUCAAACGUGAUCACUCCAAAAGUAACCACUUCAAACGUGAACACUUCAAACGUGACCACAUCAAUCCUGACGACUUCCAAUGUGGCACCCACACACCAGAUGCAGAAAAAACUAGGGAGUAGCGUCACCAUGGGGAAGGAAAAAAAUGCAAAGCUGAAUUUGCGAGAAGGAGCAGGCGCUGAACUAAACGACAGCAGCAUGAACGUGGACAUAAAUUUCCCAUUCAGUAGUGACAAGUCGGACUUUCUCAAAAAAAUAAAAUGCUUAAUAUCGAAGGAGUUACAGUAUAGCGAAACGAAAAACACACACUCGAACGUAAAAAAUGUGAACCACAUGAAUUGGUGUAGUGAAAAUAAUUAUCCGUUUAAAAAAAAUACCCACAUGAGUGACUCCUUACCAUCAGCAUCGAAUUACAACACGUGCGUUCCAGAUAUACACAAUCUCACUUUUCUAUACAAUAAUAAUAUAGAGAGCAAUAACAGCAGAUGGUUUGAUGAGGUGAACAGUGGGAACAACGUCGGUGUCAGGAAUGGAGAGGUGACGGAUGAAAAUGGAUAUGUGCGACUAAAUAUGGACCUUUCUACUUAUAAAAAGGAAGGAAAUAAUGAACAGAACAUUUGGAACGCGAAUGCUAACUUGAACGAAUUUGUCUACCCGAUGAUGUCCCACGGGUGGAUGAACGAGCAGAAGAGCGGCGACUUCUUUGGUGUGUCCAAGUCCGUCAAUUUGAGCAGCCUCAACUAA